AUGAACCCUUCCGACCGGCAGGGAAUUACUUUCUACAACUUCAACAACAACACUCUGUUGUCUACAUCGAAAUGUGCUUAUAGCUGUCUCAAGGCUGCAGGGAAACACCCGAAACUGAUGUUCAGCGUGCGGCAUGCGCUUGGUCGCGCAUCCGUCGGAGUUGGGCACGCACGAAGAUACCCUGCGGUCGCCCGACGACCGCAUACUCUUCCCUCGUUCAGCGUGCCUUUUCUAUACCCAGCGAACCGCCAUGCAUCAACGCAGGCUGCCUUCUCCGGCGACAGCGAGGUCGUCACCGACCCCGAACGCCCGCCACCCCGCUCCGAUCUGCAAGGAUUCAUUGCGGUCCUGUCUGCUGCCGACUCUCUCACUCCCGCAGCAGUUUCACGCACGUCUGCUCGCGUCAUACGGUCUUGCUUAAAUAAUGACAACCUUGCUGAGGCGGUCAUCAUUCUCUCUGCCUUGCGCGCUGCCAACGAACGACGAGCAGCGAAGGGGAAUACCACACUGUUCCCUCUGCGGCUUGCGUCGACCACCCUCGUUCAUGGCCUCUUGCAGCAGAACAACAUUCACCAAGCUGCACGCCUCGCAAGGGAUGUCAUGCCAGUCAGGGAGCAUUUGUUUCGAGCGAAAACAAUCGACGUCGUCGUCAAGGCGCUUUGUCCGAAGCUGUAUCCCGGGGAGGUGGGUGGGAGGGCGAUGAGCGAGCGAUUGGUUCAGAAACGGAGGAACGCAUGGAUAACACAAGGAUGGAGCCUCAAACCGCUCCCACCGGCUGGUAGUCCGGAGUCGCUCGCACCUGUUCAGUGGCCCAUGUCAACCUCAAUACGUUCUUCUUUCCCCCAGGGGUUCUCCGCACCUCGUCUGAACCCGGAAAUACUCCGUACUACCCGCGCCGAAGUAUCCCAGAUUUCAAAUGCUCCAUCAUCGGAACAAAGCUACUGGGCAGAGUUGUGCAAGUUGUCACAAACAGAACAUAACCAGUGGACCGAGAAACGUGACUUACCAGAGCGUGGAAAGGGCCUCGACGCAUCUACGCGCAUGGCGAUCGCUCUCCUCGCUCAGGCACGACGGACGAAGCAAAGUAGAACGAACGAGAUGUAUAAGCGAGUCGUUGAUGCCUGCCUUUUCCAGGGAGAGCUAGUCACUGCCACAGUGCUCUUUGGAAUCCUCUUAUACGACCUGCGUCGGCAGCACCUCCGAACCCAAGCACCACCUGCGGACGAUAACCCCGAGAGCGUUCUCAAUACACCGGCCGGCCAGGAAGCAGUACGACGGUUUGAGUUCGAUCCGCGAGAGCUCUACCUGGCAGAAACGCAAGCCAACAAGCUAUAUCAACGAUUCAGGGCACGAAUAGGUGCCUGUGCCGAACUGCCGGAUGGCGAUCAGUACGCAGACACAUGGGAGAUGAUGAGGAGUAUAGUCUGGGAAGCCGACGAUUUCGACCAUCGAAACAGCGCUGACGCAGAUCAAACACGAGCCAUAUUGGCAACAAUGUGGAUUGUCUGGGGGUUUCCAUUUAACGGCCUCUCUUUGCUCAUCAAAAGCCUGUAUUCGGUCUCGAGAACCAGUACUCCGUGGCCGCCUAGGGACCGAAAGGGGGUGGGCGGCAUUGUGCAUGAUUUCUGUCACGCUGCUCUAGCGAGGGAGAUUGUGCGAUUGAACGCACUUGGCAGCGAUUAUAGAACCGACCCGACAAAACAGCAGCUUUUAGACCCUCGUUCAUAUAAUGCGCUUCUACAUUAUGCACUUCGACACCGAUUAUCUCCGAAGAUGGCUGAGGGAAUUCUUCAACAUAUGCAACAUCAAAGGCAACCACCGCGAGAACCGGAUCAAGCAACUCACACAAUCCUCCUACGAUCCGCCUCUCUCCUACACCAAAAUAAUGCUGCUCAGAAGAUCCUUGAGCGGUUUGCUGCUGCAAGAAACGAGCAAAUAGUGUCUUCUUUAGCGCAGCUGGACAGUAUGCUUCCAGUGAAUCGGCCUAAGGUUUUCCACCCCCGUCUGGCUGUCAAAGUUCCGACCGAAGCCGAAGCUGCUGUACCCUUGCCGAAUCUGCCACUGGUCGAUUUCUCGAAUGUCGAUGCGCACGUCAUCAAUACCAUUAUUGCUCAUUAUGUUUCGACCGGCCGUGCCGAUCUCCUUUUGAAGAUGCUCUCUCUCUUCCUACCGACCAUGCAACCGGGCUCGUUGACCCCAGAAGGGCAAAUCGCUGCACUACAUCGAAUGGUACUCCUUGGUCCAGAUGUGUUCACUUCACUGCUGAAUGCAUGCAUGAAGAUGGGCAUGAGUGGCAUUGCUGAAAGGGUCUGGCGAUUCGCUCUUCGAGCCGAACGCUCAAGUUGGACAAAUGGCCCAUGGGGUGAAGCAAGGCAUGGCUGGGUUCUCGGUAUCGAAUCAUAUACUAUUAUGAUGCAGCUGUAUGCGAUCGAAAAUGAGAAUGGUCUCGCGAAGAUCCGCGAAGCCCGGAACGACUAUGAGCAAGCGAAGAAGGACCUGAAACUACACGCCACCGGAUGGGGCACCGAACUCCCGAACCCGCCAUUCGGUCCUUAUCAACACGUGACGUUCUACAGCGACGUGCAGGGUACGAAAGAAAGAUGGUUGGCAGCGCGGCUGCAAGGCUUGAAGCUCUUCCGAACGAUGCGAUACGGUGGGAUUCGUCUCGUCCGACGGAUCGCAGGUUUAACACGCCAACGUCCGACACCCGACAAGUUGGCCUGGGAUCCACAAGCCGCCAGGCGAUGGCGAGAACACCCGCAUCCAGACGCUCGGUUCUUCAACGCCUGCCUGGCCUUGUUUGGACGGGAGGACGUGUCUUCGCGCUAUGUGUCAUCUUGGAACAAGCGACACUUCUGGGAACGACGCUUCCCGAAGCUUAUUCAGCGGAACCGUCUGGGCCGUGUAGUGCAACAAGACGAUACUGCACUAAUGCACGUCAUUUCGUGGAUGCGGCAGCUCCAAUUCCCCGUGCCUCUUGCAUUUGCAUUCCUGCGGUCCGCACAGGACGACGCACCGCAUGGGUUCCAGCCGCCCCAGCUGACUGAGGCGCAUCUCCGCAAUCGAUUGACCGUGCGGCCCUAUGCAUACCCGGACGAGAAGCCCAACUUCCAUGCGUUCCGGAUACAUGUGCAGAAGGACCGCGGAUUGCCAAUCCGAAGACAGCCGCCUCGGAAGCGAGGAGACGGGCCCGCAAGAGCCUUGCACAAUCUCAAUGAGAGAGGUCGGUCCGAUAUGAGGGUUGAACCUAGGGUCACCGAGGGUCAAAUGGCCGUGUUCAUGGCUCCUAGUAGUAGAAGUGGCGACAGCACAGAAGCGGGUCUUUUUGCUGUUGGAGGUAAGAACAACGAUCUUAAAGGCAGUGCUGCGGUUCCCGUUACCAAGCAUACCAUUGAGAAAACUGGGAAGAAGAAGAAACAAUGGCAUCCAUGCAAGGCGCCGCCGAGGAUGUGGCAUCCCAGGGGAGUGAAGCAGAAGAGGCCAGACGUGGCAGAUACGACGGAAGAGCGUGAACCGAGCGAUGAGACUGGCGAUAAGGUUGCUGCUGUUGCACACUCUGUACCAAGCAGGUGGGAUGUGGCUGCAGCUCACUGUCGCAACAUGUGCAUGUCGCGGUCAAGGAAGGUGGAUCAUACACAGAUCGAAGAGAAAGAAGAACGGACGUUGGAUGAUGCUCUCCCUUUCGCAUUGGCCAUGUAA